UUCAGUUGUGCAUGCUGUGUUAGUCAGCACAUUUGAAGACUUUCUUGCUCAUAAUAACUCAUAAUAAUCUUUAAUGUACUACAUUUGAAACAAAAAUCUAGAAGUGCACUUUCAAUGAUUUUACAGAAUCAACAAGUUUCUGCACCAAUUGAAAAUAUGCAUUCGCACAACCAUUCCUAAUGUUAUUAUCAUUUUACUAAAAUCAAAAACAAACCGUGCAAUAGCUUGGUCAGUGGAACAAGCUCAAUGUCCUGCGAACACAGAAGACAGCGAAGCAGCAGCUUCACACGUUUCUGUCUAAUCCCAGGUUAACUGUUGUGGCUGUGAAUGCAGAGGGGGAAGGGCCUGCCGCGGAAAUGAAUGUCACAACCCCAGCAUUGGAACCACAAGCUGAAGGGCAAUGGCUGUUUCUGUCACGAAUGGAUUCUUUGAGGAGUACGGUUGUAGAAGAUUUGGUAUCGGCAGCAGAUUGCCUUCCAGCUAACUUUGUACAGAACAAUAUAACUGGAAUAGCUGUGAAUUACUACUUCAAGCAAAUUUAUUUCACUGAGGGCAAUCGUAUUUGGGUCAAGGGAGCUAUCAAGUUGUCUAACGCUGUUGAUCUUGAAACGGUGUAUGUUGGUUCUGAACCGAUCACAGCAAUAUCAGUGGAUUGGAUGUACCAGAAGCUAUACUUUGUCAUGGAUCGAAAGAUGUUCCUCUGUACUUUAAAAAACUGUAGCAGCCCAGAAGAAAUCACUCCUUAUCAUAGAGGUUCUCCAAAAAGAAUUAUUGCAGAUCCUUAUAAUGGGUGAGCAUGUCCAAUUGUAUGAAAUGCAGUAGACACUCAAUCAUUCAUUGAAUAUACCCAUGCUGUGUCGACAUGAAUAUUUUAUGGAUAAUCCAAAUUUUGAGUAAUAAAUGUAUGUCAAAUGAAUUGUAUAUUGCACUUUGAUUACAAUAUGUCUUUUUAGAUCCUCAUGUAUAGUGAAAGUGUUCUACUUUAUUAUUCCUUAUCUUCAUUCCAUUCUACAGUAACAUUGCUGAUGUGACCUUCACUUCCCUCCCAGAUUAUGUACCUUUGGAUCAUUACUAGUG